AUGACGGAUACAGUUGUCGCGGAGGGUCAAGUCAAGUUUAGAGAUGGAAAAAAGUGGAAGACUCGCUGGGUUGUGCUGCGAAAGCCUUCUCCAGUUGCAGAUUGUCUGUUCCUGGUGGCCUACAAAAAGGACAAAAAGAAGAGCAAGAAGGGGAUUGGUCAGAAGGACAGCUUGACUCUGGAGGGUGUGUGUGGAGUGGAGCCGGCCCCAGGGUUUGAUGGAGUGUCCUACAGUCUGUCCAUCCUGUGUCUGUCCCACACGCUGGUCCUGGGCUUCAGCAGCAGAGAGGCGCUGCAGGCCUGGGAUGCACGCAUCCGCUUCCACCUCGGAGAAGUCCACAGGUUUAGUGUGAACGUGGAGCCUGGAUCUAAACUAGAGGCUGGACCUGCGUCUCUUCACCUGUGCAACAGUGUGCUGGUCCUCAGCAGAGGUCUGCCUCCUCUGGUCACUGGACACUGGAAGCUGUCCUCGCUGAGACGAUACGGAGCCGUCCCAAAUGGAUUUGUGUUUGAGGGAGGCUCUCGCUGUGGAUACUGGUCUGGAGUUUUUUACUUGUCGAGUUCAGACGGGGAGCAGAUCAGUUUCCUGGUCGACUGUAUCGUGAGAGGAGUCUCGCUGAAUCGGAGCUCACAACGUCUGCAUCCGGCCAAUCCAGCCGAUGCAAAUCCGGUUUCAGAAGAAGAACGGGUCCUCCAGGAAACAUCGGAUCUGGAGAAGAGACUGAGCCGGUUGUCCAGCUGCAGCCUGGCCAGCAGCACAGCCUCCACCUUCAGCUGCAGCACGUCCAUCGCCGGAGACGACCACAGCAGCAUCUCCAGCUCCUCCUCCACCCAAUCAGACACCAGCUACGGCCCCAGACUUCCCUUUUGGCCCGAGUCUUCCUCCAGGCUGCGCUCGUCUACUGAUACGGCCUCGAGCUGCUCCACCUUGAAGCCUCUGACCGUUUCUGAUGAUCGCCUGUACGCUGCGGCGACCGGAAACCCGCGCAGGCUCCACGACAGCGGGCGCCAGAGCUCAUUGGACAGCGGCAUUGGCAUUGCAGCAAGUAGCCAAUCAUCAGGAAGCUACACCGAAAGCCUGGACGCCACGAUUGCUCAGGCACAGGGAUUUGGAUCCGCGCCCAGUUUAGCUUCGCCACAAACUCUGGCUGAGCCUCCACUCUCUCCCCCACGUCCUCCCCCCAUAGAGGCCGCACAUACCCCGAAUGCCUCCUCCUUCAUAUGCAUCAGUCCUGUACAGAGACCGGAACACCGUGCGCCCAGCGUCUUCCAAUUACGCUACGACACCCCGAGAAGCCUGCUACAAUCUGCAUCACUCUGGGACACGCCCACUCCCAACCCCUCUGACGACAGCCCGAAUGCAGAGGGUUACUGGUGGAGCGGGGGUCCUCCGAAAGUCAUUGUUCAGAACUCUGCCACAUGGGGCAGCAACGGACACGAGACGCCAAGAGCGCGGUCUGUGACAGCCAGUCUGUUCCAUGGAAGAAAACAGCAGUGCGGUCACGCGGCAGACAACUACAUCACCUCGGAGCAGUGGCAGACGGUCGGAAGUACAACCACUAAAAAGGUUGAAAAGUGGGCAUCAGCGCGAACUACCACCACAUCUAAACCAGAUGAACAGAACUAUGGGGCUUUAGGCAGUAUGUUGGCGCGGCUCAAAAUGUUUUUGCCCUCGUCUCCACCACCUGCUCCCUCCGCUCUGCCCGCUCGACCCGCAACAGCCUGUGGUGUGUUUGGACCUGAGCGCGUUGCUGCCUCUUGUGGUCUGGACCCCAGUCUGUAUCUACACAACUCGGUUCAUUAUGUGAACCUCCCCUUCAGCUCCAUGUUACUGCAUAAAGACAGAGCGGCCACAGGAUCCACUCACACUGUUCCCCCGCCAGCAGAGGGCUCCACUGGUGCUGCUGCCACGAGAGGGGGCAGACACGGGGCCCCACACUGA